UGGGUUCCAUUCACGCCAACUCUAGCGUGUAUUCAAGUAACUAUCGCAAAGAUGUUCCAAUUAAUAGCACUGUUGUGUGUUGUGCUACUAACAGUACAAGGGAAAGUUCUUCCCGAGGAGAACGAAAUCCUACCGGAAGUAAUCCCUCGAUCUUACUACGGCUCAGAUUUAAUAUCGCUAGCUGGUACAAAUAGGAUAGUAGGAGGAUUCGCAAUUGAUAUCAUCGAUGCUCCCCACCAGAUAUCACUACAGUCCCGAGGAAGACACAUCUGUGGAGGAUCGAUCAUUUCCAGUCGAUGGGUUCUAACAGCAGCUCACUGUACCUCCGGUGCAUCGGUUUCCAGUUUAAGGGUACGAGUUGGUUCAUCAAUGCACGCAUCUGGUGGAACAAUUAUAGCUAUCAGUCGGAUUGUUCAGCAUCCGCAGUACAGUUCUAUCACGGUUGACUACGAUUACUCCUUGCUGCAGUUGAAUAAUGCUAUUGUUUUGGGAAAUAAUGCGCAAGCAAUUGAGCUACCAGCUCAGAACGAAUCUAUUGUGGAUGGUACCCUUUGCGUGGUCUCUGGUUGGGGUAGUACCCAGAAUCCUUUCGAAUCGCGGCAGAAGCUACGGGCUGCGUACAUACCAUCAGUCAACCGACAGCAAUGUAACAAAGCUUACACUAUCUAUGGCGGUGUGACGGAUCGAAUGCUUUGUGCUGGAUUCCGUAAUGGUGGCAGAGAUGCUUGCCAGGGUGAUUCCGGGGGUCCCUUGGUCGCCAACGGAAAACUUGUAGGGGUUGUCUCAUGGGGUAUGGGAUGUGCACAGCCGAAUUAUCCCGGCGUAUAUGCACUAGUGGCCGCAGUACGUGAUUGGAUUCGUAGCAACAGCGGGAUCUGAACGAGUUGAAUUUCUCAAUCUUUGUCAGCAAGUAAAUCAUAUUCGUAAA